CGAUAAUGCAUAAGAAAAAAGGAAACAGGUUGAGGUAGCUUCUCUCUCUCGCAUGGAGGUGAUUGCGAGCUCUGUGAGUGUUUCCUUUUCACUUCGUUGCUGUCACAAGACCUCUUUCCCAACCAUGUCCAUUCCUCAGGUAUCACAGUGGAAAUGUUUUUCUAUAAGGAUAGUAGAAUCUCGGUUUUCUUUGACACAUAGAAGGAAGAAAGAUGUUGUUUUUACAAAUGGGGUUUCUGGAAAUGAAUUUUCAGUUGGGUUAAGCAACAUAUGUUUUCUUCAGUGUAGCUUGUUUCCAUCAAGUUGGGGUUUCCAUGCCAGAAGGAGGAAAUGUAACAGUUUUCUAAGAUUGAAGGAUUACUCAGUAAACUUAAGACAGCAUGCCUCAGUUCUAUUUGUGCGGUUGGUAGCUGGAGUGAUGUUGGUCAUGUCAGUGUCUUUGGCUUCCAGCAAGCCAUCCUGGGCCCUGUCCGAAGAGAAUCUCCUCUUUUUGGAGGCUUGGAGAACAAUUGACAGAGCAUAUAUUGAUAAAAGUUUUAACGGACAAAGUUGGUUUAGGUAUAGAGAAGAUGCACUGCGCAAUGAACCGAUGAACAAUCGAGAAGAGACAUAUAUGGCAAUAAGAAAGAUGCUUGCCACAUUGGAUGAUCCCUUCACUAGGUUUCUGGAGCCAGAGAAGUUCAGAAGUUUAAGGUCUGGAACUCAAGGCGCUCUAACUGGAGUGGGGUUAUCAAUAGGCUACCCUACCAAAGCUGACAUGCCACCUGGUGGGCUUGUUGUCGUUUCAGCUUCUCCAGGAGGUCCUGCAUAUAGAGCUGGUGUUUUGUCUGGAGAUGUUAUCCUAGCAAUUGAUGAUACGAGCACAGAAAACAUGGGGCUAUAUGAUGCGGCUGAACGCCUACAGGGACCUGAAGGAAGUUCUGUCGCUUUGACCAUUCGCAGCGGUUUGGAUGUAAAGCAUCUGGCUUUGACGCGAGAGAAAGUUUCAUUGAAUCCAGUGAAGUCAAGACUGUGCAAGUUACCUGCUUCAGGAAAUGAUUCCCCAACAGUUGGUUAUAUCAAACUAACAUCUUUCAACCAAAAGGCAUCUAGAGCUGUCAAGGAAGCAAUCAAUACAUUAAGGAGUAAUAAUGUUAAUGCAUUUGUCUUGGACCUUAGAGAUAACAGUGGUGGUCUUUUCCCAGAAGGAAUUGAGAUUGCCAAAAUCUGGUUGGACAAAGGUGUGAUUGUGUAUAUUUGUGAUAGUCGUGGCAUUCGAGAUAUACUUGAUACAGAUGGAAGUAGUGCACUAGCAACUUCAGAACCCCUAGCUGUACUGGUAAACAAGGGAACUGCUAGUGCAAGCGAAAUACUAGCUGGUGCAUUGAAAGAUAAUAAACGGGCCAUAUUGUUUGGAGAGCCAACAUUUGGUAAAGGGAAGAUCCAAUCAGUUUUUGAGCUCUCAGAUGGCUCUGGAUUAGUUGUUACGGUUGCUCGCUAUGAAACACCUGCACACACAGAUAUUGACAAGGUUGGUAUCAUUCCUGACCAUCCUCUACCAACAUCAUUUCCUAAGGAUGAGGAUGCAUUUUGCAAUUGCCUCCAGGAUCCUGCAUCUUCUUGCCAUGUCAACAGGGUCCAGCUAUUUUCUAAAUGAUGAUGCAUAUAUAUAUAUGUGUGUGUGUGUGUGGGGUAUAUUUAUUCUUUGAGAAAGAUUACAAUUCUUUAACCGAACAUGCUUUUGGGCCUCAUUAAUAGAGAGAUUUUUGUUCCUGAAAAUUAACAGAAUAAGUGCAAAGAAAACCAAAAACAAACCUAAAUUAUGAUUGUUCACAACAUUGGAUGCCUGUGAUUGUCAGCAAGACGUGUAGCAUUUUUGUGAGCUCCAGUGGAACAUUUUGCCAUCAGACUUGGAUUGGCU